CCAUGCCGAGCCUGCUGGUGCUCGCAGGGAUCAUGGAGAAAAACGGGGGCUACGGCGCCGAUCUGGCCGGCUCCGGCUUCGGGAGCGAGGCGGGUCUGCUGGGGCCCCCCGACGACGACGAGGACGACUCCCGAGCCCUAAGGGUCGCGCUCGGCCAGCUGUCGCUCCUGGGGCUCGGCGAGGGCGAGGACGUUGGAGGAGGUGGAGGUGGAGGAGGUGGUGGAGGUAAUGUUGUUAUCGGCGGUGGUGGCGCUCCGGCGACCGGAGUGCAAGACCGGAGCAACAACAACAACAACCACCACAAUAGUGCAGGAGGAGGAAUUGGAGGAAUCGGUGGAAUCGGAGGCGGAGGGGACGCGUCGAUCCUCCAAGGCAAGAGCAAGUUGUGCGCCCUGUACGAGAGCUCGUCCGGGGAGCCCAAAGGACGCGGCUGCAACAUCACCGAAUGCGUCCCGGUGCCCAGCUCCGAGCAUGUGGCCGAGAUAGUGGGCAGGCAAGGUUGCAAGAUAAAAGCCUUGCGGGCCAAGACCAACACCUACAUCAAAACACCCGUGCGAGGCGAGGAGCCUGUGUUCCUGAUCACCGGCCGCAAGGAGGACGUGGCCCUCGCCCGCCGUGAGAUCAUCUCGGCAGCCGAGCACUUCUCCAUGCUGCGGGCGUCGCGCAACAAGCUGGGCGUGUCCUUUAGCGGCUCCCCGCCUACCCCGCUCCCGGGCCAGACCACCAUCCAGGUGAGGGUGCCGUACCGAGUGGUGGGGCUGGUGGUGGGCCCUAAAGGUUCCACCAUCAAGCGCAUCCAGCAGCAGACGUGCACGUACAUCGUCACCCCAAGCCGGGACCGGGACCCUGUCUUUGAGAUCACGGGGUCGCCCAGCAACGCCGAGCGAGCCCGCGAGGAGAUCGAGGCGCACAUCGCCUUCCGGACAGGAGGCCUGCACGACCACAACAACGAGAACGACUGCCUGGGACCCAAUGGCGGGAGCAGUCCCGCAGGGAGCAGCAGCAGCGGGGGCGGCGGCCUGGAGAGUCGACUCCAGCAAGUGUGGGGCCUCCAGGGAGGCCAGCGGAAACCUCUCACCAGCAGCUACCGGCAAAACUUCUCCGAUGGCCUCGGUGGAGGAGGAGGAGGAGGAGGAGGAGGAGGAGGAGGAGGGGGUGGCGGCGAGGGUGUCGGGAUCUACAAUAAGGGCAACUUCUCCAGCUCUGAGAAGCCCUGCUCCUUUUUUGGUUCUGAGGGCACCCAGAGUUGGGGCGACCCAGACUACCCCAAGCAGAUGGCUUUCUACGCUCAGCAGCGAUCCAAGAGUUUCGGAGGGCUCCCGCUGCCCCUCACCAGACUCUCGCCGGGGCUCCCGGAGCCGCCCGCUAACUCGUCCGUCACCGGCAUGGUGUCGGGGUCGCCCCACGCGCAGGCUCGCCGUGCCCACAGUGAGCCCACCUCAGUGGGGGAGGGCGGCUUUCCCGGGCGGCUCCCCGUGCCGGACUCGCCGCCGGCCGUGCGGGACUGCAUGACCUGCUUUGAGAGCAAAGUGACGGCCGCCCUGGUGCCCUGUGGCCACAACCUCUUCUGCAUGGAGUGCGCCAUACGAAUCUGUGAGCUCAACCACCCCGAGUGCCCCGUGUGCCACACGCAGGUCUCGCAGGCCAUCCGAAUAUUCUCCUAAGGAACCAUGUCCCCUUUUUAGCCAGUUUUUUUGGUCUCUCGUUUGUCGGUCGGCUAAUUAGUUGCUCUUAUUACAGUUGUUAUUCUUCUUCUUAUUCCUAUUGUUGCGAUACGUUUUUCAUUUUUCAGAAAAAUUUUAAAACAAACAAGCAGCUAUUUUAGAAGGCACUGCUUGCUUUACUAAAAUGUAUAAGAAAUAUUUUUCAGUUUUUCUUUUAUAUACAUAUAUAUGCAUAUAUAUUUUAUAAAAGUUUUGUUUAUAAGAGAAGUAUAGUACCUUUUCAGGUUUUGAUUUGUUCAGUUUUUCGUUUUUUUUAAUGAUAGGACUGCUACUGUUAUUCCUGAACGCAGAAUCACAGUGUAGGCCGACAUAAUGUGAACAUUUUAAUUAUUAUUCCAAUUUUUUUAUUUUGUAUUAUCAUGUUACCAUAAGGUAGGUUUAUAUGGAAAGAAGAUGGUUCAACUCACACCGCACCAUACAAUCAUCUCGGGUCUAAAAUAGGGUUGUCAAUCACACUUUUUUGAUGGCAAAUGAAUACUUUUAUUGUGCUUUGACAAUAGAAAAUGUGAAUAGAUUUUAGUCAAAGCACUUCUCCCGUACUUAUACUCUUCUUCUUUUUUUUUUUUUUUUUUUUUGGGUAGGACAUCACACUAUUUAUUCUCCAUUUUAUCGGUGCCAUUGUUCGAGGCGCCGGCUCCUAAAAUGACCGAAUCUCAACGGGGUGGUCAUUGAUUACGCAUGGCUCGCUGUAAUCUUCUGAAAAGACUCAGUCUUCCCGCCUUCCCCUCGUAGCUUAAAGCACUGAUUUAAUUUGCCCAGCAACCCCCCCAGCCCCAAAGAGCCUUUGGAAUCAGUCCAGUUGGCCACGACCAACCCCCUUAACGCCGCUCCGAGCCACCACCUUUUUGUUAUUAAUACUUUUGUCGCUAGACAAUGUGAGCAAACCUCACGCAAAUAAGAAGACGGUAAUUUUUUUGUAUCAGGCGUCGAGCUGGAGCAGGUGUGUGAAUAUCUUGUCUGACCCCCCCCCCCGGACUGCUUACAGUGUGACUGCUUACAGUCCCUCCCUUGGACUGAGGGGCGUUAUUGUCUGGGGGUGCUCGGACAGCGGGGCCUGGCAGGCACUCUUUUAAUAAUUACGCAAAUGGGCCGGUCCAGGUGUGGACCGGAGGGGAGAAUUAAACCUAAAAUUUCCCCGCCCUCCAUUGCACCCCUCCCCCCAACCCAUCUUUUGUCUACCCCAACGUACAAGAUUUGAAAGCUACAAUGUUGAUGAAAAUCAUGUGGCCAUGUUAAAAAAAUGGCCCUAUCACAUGAGGUGUAGUGUGACCCCCCCGCCACCCAACUCCCUGCCUCGCGCCCUUAGCGUAGUCCCACUCCCCUCUCUCUCACACACACCAACUGUGAAAUUCAAACAGGGUUUACGUGACAGAUCCAAAUAGGCCAACCCGCCGACCCCUCCCUGGCUACUGUAAGGGACACCCAGCAGCUGCCCCUUCACUAUGGACAAUGGGGCCCCAGCCAAUAGUAGACACCCCCCCGCCCUAGUGUGAAUGAAAUCAGAAUUGUAAUUGACAGGAAAGCGAAGGAAACGCCCCAUUUAACCGGCACUCACGCGGAAUCAAAUUACGCUCGGGCCCGAGCUUAAGGGGGGAGUACAUUGGGAGGGAGGAUGCACGGGUUAGGGUAAGG